AAAGUAGCAAACCAACCAGUCAGCAUCACGUGCGCGGACGUGACGGGCGUGUUUUGUGCCGAGCGGACGGAUUAUUCACGCGCCAUUUGACAGUUAUGCCGUGUCCUGUAAUGACUGUAGUGCAUCACAGUGUAACGUAGUGAUCGUUGCUGCUAAUAAACACGUGAGGAAUUUGUCAAAAAAACCCAUUUUGGAAAGCGUAAAGUGAUAACAGGGAGGCGGGAUGCGAGAGUAUAAAAGCCAUGUGCGAAGAAGUAUAAUAUAAAAUUGCAACAAUCUCUACGUUACACUAGCUAGAAAUAUUUUUGGGACUUGGUUGAAGGAAGGAACACUUUUGGAAGUGUGUGUGCAAUGCUGACAAGUACUAGCUGGUGAGUGUGUGUGUGAGUGCGUGCGAUGGCGCGGGGUGCCGUGUUAUUGUCGACCAUCUUGGUGUCAAUUUUGUCAUUACUGGAGAGUACUUUUGCGCACUACACGCCUACAUGGGCCGUCCACGUACCAGAAGGGAAGGACGCCGCCGAUGCUGUAGCCAGGGACCAUGGGUUCGUCAACCUAGGAGAGAUAUUCGACAAUCACUUCCACUUCCACCAUCACUCGAUUGCGCGGCGGUCGAUACAGCCCUCCCACGACCACAAUGGCAAACUCGAGGGAGACAACCGCGUGCGAUGGGCGAAACAACAGCGAGCUCUCUCCAGAAAGAAGAGAGACUUUCAAAUUAUACAAGAGUAUCCGUCUACAGCUGAUACGACAUCAGAUGCGCCUGCGCCGUCAGCGGCGUCGAAGCGCGACGCUAACUCGAAGCGAGAGCUCCAACCGUCACGGGUGAAGGGACGGCCAAGAGCUGCAGACUCCAAGUUCCAACUGAACGACCCCAAGUGGCCUCAUAUGUGGUAUUUAAAUCGAGGGGGAGGCCUUGACAUGAACGUGAUCCCUGCGUGGCGGGAAGGAAUCACCGGCCGCGGCGUAGUGGUCACCAUCCUGGAUGACGGACUCGAAACAGAUCAUCCAGACCUAGUCUCCAACUACGAUCCAAUGGCGUCUUACGACGUGAAUUCUCACGAUACCGACCCGCAGCCGCGCUACGAUAUGAUUGACUCGAACCGGCACGGAACCCGGUGCGCUGGUGAGGUAGCCGCUACAGCUAACAACUCACUCUGCGCUGUUGGGGUGGCGUAUGGAGCUAGUGUUGGCGGCGUACGCAUGUUAGACGGUGACGUCACAGAUGCGGUCGAAGCCCGCUCCUUAAGUCUGAACCCUCAGCAUGUGGACAUCUACAGUGCAUCCUGGGGUCCUGAUGACGACGGGAAGACCGUGGAUGGUCCAGGGGAACUGGCCACCAGAGCUUUUAUUGAAGGAGUUACUAAGGGUCGCAACGGCAAAGGUUCCAUAUUUGUAUGGGCAUCAGGAAAUGGCGGCAGAGAGCACGAUAACUGCAACUGCGAUGGCUACACGAACUCUAUAUGGACGCUGUCAAUAUCAUCUGCUACUGAACGAGGUGAAGUGCCUUGGUACUCGGAAAUGUGCAGCUCUACACUAGCGGCUACCUACAGCAGUGGGGCUAUUAAUGAAAAGCAGGUUGUAACAACAGAUUUGCAUCACUCAUGCACUGUGGGACACACUGGCACGUCUGCGUCUGCGCCGCUUGCUGCUGGCAUCUGCGCGUUAGCGUUGCAAGCCAAUAGAGACUUGACGUGGAGAGAUAUGCAGCAUAUUGUUGUACGCACAGCUCGCCCUGAACGCUUAAGCAUCGGCGGUGAAUGGAAAGUCAACGGCGUCGGUCGCAAUGUGUCCCAUUCCUUUGGCUACGGGCUGCUCGACGCGGCCGGCAUGGUGCGACUCGCCAAAACUUGGCGCUCAGUACCGCCGCAACGGAGGUGCGAACUUGCCGCGCAGGUUUCGCAAAAACAGAUACCGCCGAGAUCGUCUCUUUCGUUGGAUCUGGUAGUGGUCGCUUGUCCCGGAGUGAACUACUUGGAGCAUGUGCAAGCGCGCGUCUCUCUCUCAGCAGCUCGACGUGGUGAUCUCCGCAUCUCACUCACCUCGCCAGCCGGGACUAAAGUUACUCUUCUAGCACCCAGGCCGCACGACUCGUCGCGAACCGGCUUCUCAUCGUGGCCUUUCAUGUCCGUGCACAUGUGGGGCGAAUCACCACUGGGCCGCUGGGAGCUCGAAGUCACCAACGAAGGACGAUACAUGGGCCGAGCAACAUUGCAAGAUUGGUCUUUAACUUUAUACGGAACUAGCACGCCAGCGGCUAAAAACGAUCCGAUACCGUUCCGGAAUCCAAUUAUACGCAACAAAGGCAACGCAACGCGACCUGUUGUGGUGCAGGCGGGCCGUAAAAACAAUAGAGGUAAACCUGUGCCCAUCGUGCCGACGUACACGGUGGGUUUGGUGAAGAGGAAAAAGAACAAAAAUUCAAAGAAUCCGAAUAGGAAUUCGCAAAAGUCGAAGCAGAGUCGUCCGGCGACGCGGUCUCCUAUCGAGAGCACGACGGCUGGAGCGCGCACGUCGCGGCCGGCGGCCGACCUGAGCCUGAACCUGCGCGGCGACCUCGCCGACCCGCUGGCCGAGGCGCGCGGCCGCAAGAUGUCCAGCCUGUUCGAGCAGUACCCCAAGAUCCAGCGCAUAUACCCCGCGCCGCUGCAAGCACACGCGGGACCUUUAAGUCAAUGGGAAUUGAUAUUCUACGGUACGGAGACUCCUCCUCAAGAAGAUGACGCGUCACCUGAGACGAACUCCUUGGCGGCUGGCCCGGGAGCCAGCAGUUCUGUGAACGUGGGCUCCAACUCCGGCCAGAGCGCGCCAUCCUGGAGUGGUGCGAAUGAACCGGACUCGGUAGAAGAAGUGCGACAGAAUGCACUCGAUGAUGACCUCUCUCUUGUCUGGCAUUCGCACACG